GCAUUGGAUAAAAUAUUUAGUAGCACCAGUAGAAAGCAGCUUGAUCACAAUUUUGGUGCAGAUAUCUAAUGUGGAGGUCUCUGAUCUUUUUCAGCCUGGAGCCAUCCUGAAGUGGGAAACCAAAUGCAGCAUGCUGUGUUGUAGGUCUCCUCUGAGGCUAACAUUUGGUGAGCUGGGUGGUGUUAGUGUUACAGUUCACUGGGGUAAUUUAACUGAGCAAGCAAGAUUGCUUCCUUGAAAGUGCCUGCUGUGCCGUGGAAAUGGCCAGUGGCUGCUCCUCACCACCCUACCUGGUGGAGCAGCUCAGAGGCUGCUUUCUGUAUGGCUCCGCAUUUCAGACCGAUCCCUUCGUGAAGGCAGCUUCCGUCUAAAACCCCUCUCUGGUUUUGCCUUUCAGAUUGUCUAAUUCUACUGCUAACCAGCAAUACUGCCUGCAAUGGAGAGCACAGAGACAGGAGAAGAGGAAAUGUUGCGCUAUGAGGAAACAGAAGAUGAUGAUGUCAGUCCCACUGACCUUUCAGAGCUGCUGAAGGAGGGGACUAAGGAAUCCCAUGACCGUGCGGAGAACACCCAGUUUGUCAAAGACUUUCUGAAAGGACGGAUCAAGGAGGAGCUCUUCAAGCUGGCCACUGUGGCACUUUACUUCACGUACUCUGCUCUGGAAGAGGAAAUGGAUCGCAAUGAGGACAACCCGGUCUUUGCUCCUCUGUACUUCCCCCUAGAGCUUCACCGGAAAGAAGCGUUGAUCAAAGACCUGCAAUAUUUCUAUGGAGAAGACUGGAAAGAGAAGAUCCAGUGUUCAGAGGCAGCUCAGCUAUAUGUGGACAGAAUCCAUCAUGUGGGACAGAAUGAGCCAGAGUUGCUAGUGGCUCAUGCUUACACACGUUAUAUGGGGGACCUCUCGGGUGGCCAAGUGCUGAAGAAGGUAGCCCAGAGAGCCCUCAAGUUGCCCAGUACUGAGGAAGGGAUCCAGUUCUAUGUGUUUGGUAACAUCUCCAAUGUGCAGCAGUUCAAGCAGCUCUACAGGGCAAGGAUGAAUGCUUUGGACUUCGACAAGAACACCAAAGAAAGGAUUGUGGAGGAAGCCAACAGAGCCUUCAGAUUUAACAUGCAGGUGUUUGAUGAACUGGACAAGAUUGGCAAGUCACUGGCAGAAGCCCAAGAUGGAGGCCUUCCAGUCCACGAUGGAAAAGGAGACCUGCGCAAAUGCCCUUACUAUGCAGACAAGCUUGCAGGUAACGCAGGACCCAUCUGUCCCUACCAUGGCGCCGUGGCCCUGGCAAAGCAGCCCCUGGUGCAGCUGAUGCUGGCCGCCUGCGUCGCGGUGCUGGCAGGAGCUGCAGCCUGGUACAUGAUGUGAUGGGAGCAGUGGUCUGUGCCUCUGGUUGUGGGAAGGGGAGAGACACACCAUGUCCUUUUCCAGCUGUUCCCUUGCCAGUGCUGUUGACUGCAUGGUGGAAGUAAGAAAAUAAACAGGAAUCUUGUGGAACUGUUAAA